CUGGUUCAUCUUCUUCUCCAAAGCCAUUAGAUCGAUCCAACGCUCCAUCAAACCACAGUCUCCGUUGACUACUGAGACUCGCCGGCUUCUGAUCCACUUCAUUUCCCUUAAUGAUGGCCGGAGGUCUUGUACGAUUUAUAGUUUUAAUACUCGCCGUAGCAAUUUGCGGUGCUGCUUCGGUUUUUCAGCCGAUUUCAGACUCUCACCGAUCUGCGGCUCUAGAUGUCUUCGUACCAGUCGAUGGAUCCUACAAAAGCUUGGAGGAGGCAUAUGAAGCGUUAAAGACUUUGGAGAUUCUUGGAGUUGAUAAAAAGUCUGAUCUAAGCUCAGCGACUUGUGAAAACGUAGUUAAAGUUCUUGGAUCGCCUUCUUCUACUCUGAAGGAUGCAUUCUAUGCGUUAAACGUUAAUGGAAUUCUAAAAUGCAAAACUGGAGAAGAUGCUCCCAAGGACAUUGUUUCUACACUUCAAGCUGUUGUUAAAGAUGCCAAGUCAUUGCUUGACUUCUACUAUUCUGUCAGAGGCUUGGUGCUUGUUAAGGAGCAAUUUUCUGGAACUGAUGUAAGUCUUGGAGAUGCCGAAGCCGUUUUCCGUUCCAUCAAGACCCUUAGUCAGAGUGAUGGAAGAUGGCGCUACAGCUCCAACAAUCCGGAAUCAAGCACCUUUGCUGCUGGCUUAGCCUUGGAAACGCUAGCUGGAGUGAUUUCAUUAGCACCUUCAGAUAUUGAUCAAUCAUUGAUCCAGACAUUGAAGACGGGUAUCCUGAAGCUUUUUGACAGUAUCGAAACAUAUGACGAUGGGACAUUUUACUUCGAUGGAAGUCAAGGCCCGAUCACAACAACUGCAUCAGUAAUUAGAGGGCUCACUUUAUUUUCAGCUUCAGAAUCCACAGGAUUGAAGCUUCCGGGUGAUAAGAUAGUUGGUUUGGCUAAGUUCUUUCUCGGUGUUGGAAUUCCUGGUGAUGCCAAGGACUUCUUCAACCAAAUAGAUGCACUAGCUUGUUUGGAAGACAACAGGUUCUCUGUUCCACUCAUCUUGUCUCUCCCAUCUACUGUCAUCUCAUUGACGAAGAAAGAGCCUCUGAAGGUUAAAGUUAGCACUGUACUCGGUUCUAAGGCACCAGCUCUUGGUGUGAAGCUCGUACAAGCUCUAAGUUCUGGAUCAAAGGGUUCUUCUGUAAUUAACAACCAGGAGCUUAAGUUUGACGCUGAGAGUGCAACAUACUUCCUGGACUCCUUUCCUAAGAACUUUGAUGUCGGAAAGUAUACAUUUAUAUUUGAGAUUUUGCUGGAUGAUUCGGCACAUGAAAAAGUAUACAUAACCGAAGCUCAAACAAAAGUGCCUAUAGCCGCCACAGGAGCUAUUAGCAUUGAGAAUGCAGAAAUUGCUGUACUUGACAGUGACGUUGGGAGCGUCGAAUCUCAGAAAAAGCUAGAUUUGACUAAAGAUGGGGCGGUAUCAUUAUCAGCAAACCACCUCCAAAAGCUACGCCUGUCGUUCCAGUUAACUAGUCCACUUGGCCAUGUCUUUAAGCCACACCAGGCAUUUCUCAAGCUGAAACAUGAGUCACAGGUCGAGCAUAUCUUUCUCAUGAAAACUUCUGGAAAGAAGUCUGAAAUAGUUAUAGAUUUUCUUGGAUUGGUUGAGACGCUCUACUACCUCUCUGGUAAAUAUGAGAUUCAGCUAACUAUUGGAGAUGCUUCUAUGGAGAACUCUUUAUUGAGUAAUAUUGGCCACAUCGAACUGGACCUACCAGAACGUCCAGAGAAGGCGCCUCGACCUCCUCUACAGUCCACUGACCCUUACUCAAGAUAUGGACCAAAGGCUGAAAUAUCACACAUCUUUCGGGUUCCUGAAAAGCUCCCAGCAAAACAGCUUUCACUAGUUUUCUUGGGUCUUAUCGUUCUCCCAUUCAUCGGUUUCCUUAUUGGGCUUAUGCGGUUGGGAGUGAACAUAAAGAGCUUCCCAUCAUCGGUUGGACCUGCAACAUCAGCUUUGCUUUUUCAUGGCGGGAUUGGAGCUGUUCUGCUUCUCUACGUGCUCUUCUGGUUGAAGCUUGAUCUGUUCACGACUCUCAAGUAUCUUUCUUUGUUGGGAGUGUUUCUGUUGUUCGUCGGACAUAGAACACUCUCUCACCUCGCAUCAGCAUCGAACAAGUUGAAAUCUGCUUGAAGAAGUUAUCGCUAUGAUGGAUCUUUUUUUGGAUUCUGUGUUUCCCUGGAGCUGUGUUUUUCUAUUCCAGUUUUGUAGCAGUUACUUAUAUAGAUUAUGGUGAUAGACAAUUCCAAAGGAUUUCAUAGCUUAGUCUUAAAAGUUAAUCAACAAGAGUUUUCUUUUCUUGCCUUUUCCGUUGAACCGUAUUUGCAGAACCAAAUUCAAACGAGUUUCGUAAUCAUUUAAACUGUAGCAGUGACAGUGUUAGUUGUAAAGCUCAGUUCGGAACCAAAUUAAAGAAA